AGCACGUCGCCCUGCGCUGGCGGGAAGUUGAGUGAGCGGAGCUGGUUUGUUUUUGAAGCUGAGGAUCAUUUUAACAUGAAUAUACUGAUAAUUUAACGUUUGUCAGAGCCGAUGUGAGACAUUUUAGUUACCGGACUAGACCAUGGUUCAGAUUGUUAUCAGAGGCAGCGUGGACGGCUGCAGUCCUGCUGAGUGGCUGCUGGUGGAGCUGCAGGGCGAGAUGGUUUCCAGACACAACGCUGGUCUGGCAGGAAACGUGAUGGGAGACCUGCUCUACACCACAGAGGGGGUGCCAGUGCUGAUCGUCGGACACCACAUCCUCUACGGGAAGCGAGUCAAACUGGAGAAACCGUUCGCCGUCCUCUCCAAGCAUUCGGCCCAUGACGACGGCGACGGCGUAGCCAUGGAAACGGACCAGCAGGGACCCGCCUCCACCUCUUACUCCGUGACCGCGCUGAUCAAACACAAGCUGAUCUUCAAGACGCGUCCGAAACCCAUCAUCACCAACGUUCCCAAGAAGGUUUAGGGCCCGGCUGACGUCCAAUCAAAGACUCAAAGACUCUGAGGAAAAAACUCACAGAAACUAAGAGGAGGAGGAGGAGGAGGAGGAGGAGGAGG